AUGGAAGCUUUGGCGGAUGCUCAAAAUCAACCUCCACCUACUCCUCCGACUCCAUUUUGGAGGACCGUGAUUUCCGAGAUUGUCUCUACGCCCGUCUCUGCGGCUCCCAUCAGUGCUCCGCGACACCACAUGCCUUCUGGUUUUCCUUGGGGCAUGCCUCCCAACUUUAUGCCUGAGGGGUGCCAACCUGAAGUUCUAGUGACUCAACCUGUGAUGUUUGUACCACCUCUCGUGGUUCAUGUUGUUCUGUAUGUUGAAGAACCUAUUUUUCACGCUGACCAAGGUGAGACUGUUGGUGUCUAUGAGAGAACAGACGAGUUCAAAGAUCAAUUUCAGGCUAUGCAGAAAGAGAUUCAAUCUUUAAGAGGAAAAGAUCUAUUUGGGAAGAAUGCUCGUGAUAUGUGUUUGGUCCCUAAUGUGAAGAUUCUGCAUAAGUUCAAGGUUCCAGAUUUUAAAAAUUACAAAGGCAACUCUUUUCCUUUUAGUCAUUUGGUGAUGUAUGCUCGUAAGAUAUCGACUCGGACUGACAAUCAUCAAUUGUUGAUCCACUACUUUCAAGACCAUUUAACUAGAGUUGCUCUGAAAUGGUAUAUGGGGCUCGACAAUACUCAAAUCCGAACAUUCAAGGACCUAGGUGAGGCUUUUGUCCUCCAGUACAAAUACAAUGUUGACAUGGCACCGAACAAGGAUCAACUUCGUGCUAUGUCCCGCAAAGACAAAGAGACCUUCAAGGAGUACACGCAGAGAUGGUGCGAGAUUGCUGCACAGGAAGAAGGUAUCCGUGAAGGACGGUUGAAAGAAGGUAGUUCAUCUGAUGGUUCCAGAAAUUAUGGGAAUGGUUUAACUAAGAAGAAGGAACACGAUGCAAACUCUAUCUCGCAAGAGAGACGAAGAAGGCUUCCGAGGAACAGUCAAUGUCAUCAGCACAUGGUGUCUGUAACCCCAAUAAUCAAUGUUGCUCCAGUGGCUCAAGCAGAACCGAGUUAUCAAUCGUGUUCCCAACAAUGCGCGAAUCAACAGAAUGAUACCCAAAGGCAUGUACAGUUUGACCCAAUUCCAAUGACUUAUGCAGAGUUGUUUCCUACUUUAAUUCAGAAAAAUUUGGUGCAAACGAGGACUCCACCAGUUGUUCCAAAAGAGCUUAUGUGGUGGUAUAAACCUGAAAAACAUUGUGCAUUUCACCAAGGAACACCUGGGCAAGAUAUUGAGAAUUGUUUCACCUUGAAAGUUGAGGUAAGAAGGUUAAUGCAAAUUGGUAUCUUGUCAUUUGAAGAUUCCAAUCCCAAUGUACAAGUUAAUCCACUGCCCGAGCAUGGAAAUGCAACUGUAAAUAUGGUCGAAGGAUGUCCUAGGAAGUAUCGAGUUUUUGAUAUCAAUUUAAUCAGAAGAUCCUUGGUUGAAAUGCAUGCUACUUUAUGUGAAUUGAGUUAUUAUGAGCAUGACCAUGCUUCUUGCCAAGUUUGUUCCAAAGAUCCCUCAGGAUGUGUUAUUGUUAAAAGAGACUUGCAAGAGCUAUUGGAUCAGAAUCUUAUUCAGAAGACUGCUAUUUCUCCAUUGGUUAUUCAUUUGGCGGGUGCAACUCCUUACGAGUCUGAUAAAGUUGUGCCUUACAAGUAUAAUGCUACUAUGGUAAAAAGACGUGGUGUGACCCGAAGUGGUCGGGUAUUUACUGUUGCAGCUCCUAAGAGGACUGUAGAUGUAGUGAUAGAGAAAUCAAGUCAAGAGAGAUUCAUGUUUGUACAAGUCGGACAAUCUAGUAUUGCAAAUCAGAAUGUUGAUCAAGAUGAAGUACUGAAAUUGAUUAAGAAGAGUGAUUUCAAUAUGGUGGAUCAGUUGUUGCAUACUUCGUCCAAGACAUAUGUGUUAUCCCUACUAAUGAGUUCGGAAGCACACCGAGAAGCUUUGCAGAAGGUCCUUGAGAAAGCCUAUAUGGACUAUGACAUGAUAAUUGAUCAAUUAAAUGGCAUUGUGGCUAAUAUUAUUGUAUGUAACAAUUUGAGCUUCAGUGAUGAAGAACUGCCCGAGCAGGGGAGGAAUCACAAUUUGGCCUUACAUAUCUCUAUGAAUUGUCAAGAAGAUGCCCUAUCCAAUAUGUUGGUGGAUAUUGGAUCCUCUUUGAAUGUUUUGCCCAAGUCUACUCUGUCUAAACUUGCUUACCAAGGUGCUCCGAUGAGAUUUAGUGGAGUUGUUCUAAAAGCCUUCGAUGGAGCGUCGUUUCAAUCUCUUUAUGUUGACAAUAUUAUUGUUAAGAAGAAGGGUAAAUCCAUGUCAUCCUUGAAAGACGCCCAGUCUAUGGUAGAGAAUGGUCAAUCUGUGAAGUGGGGACAGAUUGUUGAGCUUGCUGAAAACAAUAACAGAGCUGGUUUGGGUUUUUAA